AUGUUCCUGAUACGACGAACGAAAGCUCAGCUUGUCUUCGCCCGAGACGUUGAAGAAUGUCUCGUGGAAUGCAUCAACCUACUGCGGUACAACGCGAAUCAACCAGCGUCUUCUGGUGAGAUUGACCCGCGAAUCUCUUCACUUACACGCAAAAUGAAUGUCAUGGCGCAAUUAAUUUCACUGCAUCUUGCGCCCCAAAAGACCAUUCCCAUCCAGGCUGGACAGCGGUUUGAGCCUUAUCCCAUCAUCUCUUCAGCACCUUCGGCGGGACUCUAA